AUGGGGCCAUGCUUGGUGCUCAGGACUCUCUUUCUUUCCAGAAGACGGGGCUUUGAGCGUGCUGACUCGGAGUACACCGACAAGCUGCAGCACUACACCAGUGGCCACAUGACACCAGGGAUGAAGAUCUAUAUUGAUCCAUUCACCUACGAAGAUCCCAAUGAGGCUGUCAGGGAAUUUGCAAAAGAAAUCGAUAUCUCCUGUGUCAAAAUUGAGCAAGUGAUCGGGGCAGGGGAGUUUGGUGAGGUCUGCAGUGGGCACCUCAAGCUUCCUGGCAAAAGAGAGAUCUUUGUGGCCAUCAAGACCCUGAAGUCUGGUUACACAGAGAAGCAGAGACGGGACUUCUUGAGUGAAGCCAGCAUCAUGGGGCAGUUUGACCACCCCAACGUCAUCCACCUGGAGGGGGUGGUGACCAAGAGUUCACCAGUCAUGAUCAUUACUGAGUUCAUGGAGAAUGGCUCACUGGACUCUUUCUUACGGCAAAACGACGGGCAGUUCACAGUGAUCCAGCUGGUGGGCAUGCUGCGGGGCAUCGCGGCGGGCAUGAAGUACCUGGCAGACAUGAACUACGUGCACAGGGACCUGGCUGCCCGCAACAUCCUGGUGAACAGCAACCUGGUCUGCAAGGUGUCUGACUUCGGCCUCUCCCGCUUCCUGGAGGAUGACACCUCUGACCCAACCUACACCAGCGCCCUGGGGGGGAAGAUCCCCAUCCGGUGGACGGCACCUGAGGCCAUCCAGUACCGCAAGUUCACCUCGGCCAGCGACGUGUGGAGCUAUGGGAUAGUCAUGUGGGAGGUGAUGUCCUACGGCGAGCGGCCCUACUGGGACAUGACCAACCAAGAUGUGAUCAAUGCCAUCGAGCAGGACUACAGGCUGCCACCACCCAUGGACUGCCCCAACGCCCUGCACCAGCUCAUGCUCGACUGCUGGCAGAAGGACCGAAACCACAGACCCAAAUUUGGGCAAAUUGUCAACACCUUAGAUAAAAUGAUCCGAAAUCCUAACAGCUUGAAAGCCAUGGCACCUCUCUCCUCUGGGAUGAACCUCCCCCUCCUUGAUCGCACAAUCCCAGACUACACCAGCUUCAACACUGUGGAGGAGUGGCUGGAUGCCAUCAAGAUGAGCCAGUACAAGGAGAGCUUUGCCAGUGCUGGCUUCACCACCUUUGAUGUGGUAUCUCAGAUGACUGUAGAGGACAUUCUGCGAGUUGGGGUCACUUUAGCAGGACACCAGAAGAAAAUUCUUAACAGUAUCCAGGUGAUGAGAGCACAGAUGAACCAAAUUCAGUCUGUAGAGGUUUGAUAGAUAUGUGUCCUCCUACUCUUCUUCCUUGAGGCCCUGCUCCCCUUUGCCCCUGUAUGUCUGAGCUCCAGUUCUUGAGUGUUCUACAUGGACCAGAGACAGGCAGCUGCUCUGAGCAUCAGGACAACAGGAAGAAAUGCCCUGUCAUUGAGAAUGAGAAGUCACCAAGAGCUUCUAGAAUAUAAGCAAUGGAAAAAGGGAA